AUGCCGCGGGGCUUCUUGGCAGCCCUCUUGGGUCCAGAGGAUGCCCCGCACUGGGAAGCGCCAGUCCCACCACGGCAUCGUCCUUUGCAGGGCGUCAAAGACACGCCCCUUGACGCGUCCGUUGCGGUUUGCCCCUUUCCAACAUCCCGCCGCUGGGCACACCUCUCGAGUUUUUUGGCAGGUGAGGUCCACUUUCAUGCACCGAUCGACAAUGCCGCUUCAAAUUCAACCUACACCACCAGCUCGAGGGAAGACGACGACACGAGCCCCUUCUCUGCGAAGCAAGCACUGGCACCCGGUACGGGCUACUGGCCCCGCACUUGCGAAGCGAAUGCAGAUGUAGAGCUUGCGCUGGUUCGGGGAGAUAUGCACAUUCUUUCGAAGGCAAUUGAGACACCUCGGGCAGCGGCGAUUUGCGUGCCUGGCCAGUUCGAGCUCAGCUACGAAGUCGUGGUGGAGCGGAGCCGACUUCUCGCGUGCCGUCUGUCUGAACGGCUCGCGGCGAAGACGGAGCCUGCUGCGGGUUCUGUGGGCAUUCUGGUCGACAGGACUCAUCCAGACUUCCUGCCGCUCCUGCUGGCAUGUGCGCGCUGCCUCCGACCGUUCAUCCUCCUCAGCACUGAUCUUCCAGAUGCUGCCAGGCAAGACUCCAGGAACCGCUUCCUGGUCGAGACCUUGCAGCCAUGCCUUCUCGUUUCUGACACCUCAGAGCGCAUAGCCACGAUCCCCCUGACCGAGGAAGAGGACUGGAUCUCGCUGGAGGAUCCCCUGUUCAACGUGGAGCAGCAAAGGAGCCUAGGCCAAUCUGCUCUGGACCGCGUCCAACAACCGCAGCAGGGCGCGACGGAUUGCGUGUUGUCGCUGAUGUGCACCGGCGGAAGCCAGCGGCUGAAAAUCGCCAAAGUCACGCAUUGCAUGAUGCUGCACGAGUUCCGUUACUAUGCGGACAUCUGCGGACUCGAGGGCGCUCCACCCAGGGUCCUCCAGAACUUGCGCAGCUUUUGGCCCGCCGCCGUUGUGGGCCAGCUCAGCCUCACUCUGGCACUCGCUGGCUGUGCCGUGGUUUCCACCAGCGCAGAGCCCGUGGAGCUCCUCAGUUUAGUGCAAGCAGAGCAGAUUGACGUGGUGGGCUUGGUGCCGGAUCAGCUCAGGCUCUUGGCCGAGGAUCCGAAGAAACAGCUCCCCAACGUGCGCCUCGUGAUUGCUUGGGCCGAGCGGCUGCCCCCAGCACUGGCCGAUCGCUGGCGCGGCCAUCCGGCGAAAUUCAUCGAGCUGCUCAUAGCUACAGAGUAUUGGCUGUCCUUCUACGGCCAUCCGCUGCAGACCAAAGGAGAAGAUCGAACUGGCACGCGGCUGCAGCCAGUGGGGUCGACUGUGAAGUUUGCAGUCCUUGACGAGUCGCUCACUCCGGUUGCAGCUGGACAGGUCGGAGAGCUCUACCUUCAUGGGCCCAUGCUUUGCGCAGGCUAUGUCGAUGCAGGUGACACGGACGGCCAGUUUCUGAUGCUGAGAGGUCGCCGAUACUUCAAAACUCGAGACUUGGUUCGCCUGAUGCCGGGAGGAGGCUUUGUCUAUCACUCCCGCGCCGACCGGCAUGCCAAGCUCCGAGGACAGUGGGUGGACCUGGCAGCCUUGGAACAGAACCUGCAAGACACGGAGGGUGUCCAGGAGGCUUUCGUGCUGGAGGACGAAUCAGGCGAUCUCUUCGCCUUCCUUGCCUUGAAUGACAGCUGCCGACGUGCUUCGGGGUUGACGACAGCCUCCAGAGCCGUCAGCCGGGCCAAAGAGCUGCUUCCCUGGCGCGCAGCCUUGCGCCUUCGAUCUGCACUGCCCAGGUCGGCCACUGGCAAACUGGACGGCCAGGCACUGCAGCAGGUGGUUGUGGCGGAGAAGCAUGCGCAAGAAGCAAAAGCCACGGCACCACAUCUCAGACGCCGGCUGAAGGAUACCUGCCGCAAGCACGUGGUCUAUGCGUUGGCGCUGCUCUUGACAGCUUGUGCUGGGGAUGCACUCGUCGAAUCUCUGCUGCGGCUGACGAGCAGAAACCGAUUCUACGGCUCGAAACCCUCCCGGCCCAGUGCCUUCGGUUUGCUCAGCGCAGCCUAUUCCUGGCUGGCCAUGGCGCAGCUUUACCACUGGGGUCUGAAGCCACAGGCCUAUGUGGAUUCCCUGCCCAUCUCCAGGAUGGGUUCGCUUUUCUUGCUCCACCUGGCUCCAGCCCGGCGCAUGAGAGGACUGCUCACCGUUCUCGGUGCCAUUGUCGCGGCAGGGCGGCGGCGGCUGUUCGCCUGGCCGCUGGUGUUUUGGCUGGGCUGCGGUGCCCAGCUCGACUUCGAGGCGGAGCGCAGCUUGCGCCAUGGCUGCGUGGCUGCCUGCACAAGGCUGGCCUCGGGCCUCAUGGAUUCCCUGGACGAGGCUGUCAAACAGCUGUGCUGGCGGAUGUGGUCAGCACUCUUUCCGAAAGGCUUUCGGGCGCGCCGACGCUUCUGGCCGCGAGUGGCGCGAGAGACCCGGGACACCGGGAGCCAAUGGGAACAGUAUCCGCAGGAGGAGCAGCAGAUCCUGGACUACGAUCUUUGGGUCGUCUCGCAACUCUCGGCCGUGGAGGAUCCGGGAAAGCAGGAUAGAAGCACUUGGCCGCCUGAGAGGCAAGCUUGGGACUCCGCUUCGACUAAAGGUGUCGACGUGAUCUUCUCCAAGUCUGCCUGCGACUGGGCUUUGGAGACUCUUGGAACCGGCUUAGAAGCUUCUGCAGCCGCCACAGAGCCAGACUUGCCGCCGUUCGACCGGCGCGUCGUGGACUUGGUUCGGCAAGUCAUGCCAUCGGCGGGCGAUCUCGAGUCACCGCUCAAAGGCCUCGACAGUCUGCGCGCUGGCUGGCUCGCCGGUUCCCUGCAGAGCCUGGGCCGGGCCGUGAGCAGCGAGGCGGUCCGACGUGCGCCGAACCUCAAGAGCCUGGUUCGCAUAGUGAAGGCUGCGCCCGCUACACCGAAAGUUGCACCAGCUGGGACAGCUGAGUAUGCGAUUUGGUUCACACCGGGGCAGUUUCAACCAAUGAGUCCGUGGCUCGCCCGUGCCGAGUCGCCAGCGGAUGUGCCGGCAAUGCGCCUAGCAGUCCAGGCUUUGCUGGAACGACACCCAUCACUGCGAGCAGUCAACAUCGACUCCAUGGCCUUGCGCGGCUUCGUGCUCAGCUGCGCCUCCCUCUUCGCCGCGAUCUUGGGACCAAAGACACCCGCAAGCCUCCGAUCGGCCAUCGGUGCUUUGCUUCUCCGCUGCUGGCCACGGGUGGCAGUCGAUGUGCCCCAUGUUGAAUCCAGCAAGGACACAGCGGUCCCCUUUGCUGUCCUGGAGUUCACAGGGCAAAGUGAGCUGGAGAGGCACCUGCAGAGCCGAGGCUGGCAUUUGACCAAACCACCGUUCGAAGUGACGCUUCUCCAGCUGAACGUGGCGCUCGAAGGGGUAUGGGACUGCCAAGGUGGACACAUCUCCAUCGUCCGGGUAGAUGGAGGGGAUCUGGUCUAUGUGGAUUCGCAGCGCUGGCAGGCCGCCGUGCUCCGUGCGCCCGAGGAUCCCCGAAGUCCGCCACCACCGGUCAUGAGUCGUCCGUUGCUGGCCGGACGUUUGGGCAGUGCCGGAGUGUGGUUGCGGGUCGUCGCUCCGGGAGAGAUGCAGGUCUGGUGGCAAUCCGCGCCUGGCGUGGAGCCCUUCACCUUUUCAGCCAGCAGGAUUCCUCAACACUACGACCGUCUCGACACCAUCUCCUUCGUCAUGAUGCAGUGCUAUCAUGCCUUCGGAGAUGGUUACUGUUACUCGCCGAUUGCAUCGGACCUUUUCGAUGCCUAUGAGGCCUGCAGAGCUCCUGAGCCACGUGAGCUGCCACCAGCUCGUGACGAAGCUUUAGGCAUUCUGCAACGUCGCCUGAAGGAGACUUUGUCCUUCCAGUCUGAAGACCCCUCGCGCCACUCGCUCCGUGGAGCUUUGUGGGGUGCCUGCUUCAACGGCUACUCCAGUGACGUAACUGUGGAAGGAGAGACGCUGGCAGUCUUCAAGGCGGUGGCAGAGAGGUAUGCCCUGCCCAUGCGUCUCGGCGGCACCGUUGAAGGAUUUCGGGCCGAGUUUGAAUAA